AUGGACCGUUGUUGUUUCUGCAUAAACCUGAAAGCUGGAGUCAUCAUCAUAUCUAUAAUUGGACUUGCUUACGGGAUAUUGGAGGCCAUUCUUAAUAUCAUUAUUUAUAAAAAUAGCGAUCGUUAUUAUAAUGUCUAUAGAGCAUAUUGCCUAUUCGGAGCUAUUUUGUUUGUUUCAAUAGCGUUGGAUUCUGCAUUUGGCAUCUUUGCUUUAUGUUUUGCUAAUGCUGCAAAAAUUCUAAGGGUGUAUUCAAGGACAUUUUAUGUCCUAAUGGUUCUAUAUAUUUGCUAUGAGCUUGCUAGUCUUGGUAUUUACGUUGGUUACAAAAAUGAAAUCAUAGAUGCGUGCAAUAUCAAUAAAGAAAAAGAUGAUAAAACAAAUUGCAAUGAGGAUUAUAAAACUCAAUUAAUAAUUAGUAUUGUUGUCCUCAUUAUUACUGUUAUUUUAUCGGUUUAUUUUGCAACUGUAGUGGAUUCAUAUGCUUUAAAACGUGAAUCCAAAGAAAGGAAUGCAGAAAAUGCUAAUUAG